GGCAGCAGAGAGAGACACGGAGAGACACAGGGAGAGGGAACUGAAGAAAAGUGUCAGCGGAGAAAAGAAAGGAAAAAGAGAAUAUUUUCAAGAAGGACAGAGAGAAAAGGAUAGUGAGGAUAAUGCAAGGGAAGACUUAAAAAUAUACAAAUAGGAGAGAGAGCGUUAGAAAAGCAUAAAUCAAAGGAGAUGAUAAAAGGUAGAGAGAUUGAGAAGGACAGCACUGCAAGGGAAACCAAGGGAAGUCACUAAAAAGAGGACAGAGAGGAGACAUAGUAUAUGUAUCAGAAGUGUCAGAAUUAGCCGAUUAACAGACAAAAGGGUGGAAUAGAAAAUGGGUAAAUAUUAGUGGGAGUAAGGAAUUAUCCAAGUCAGAUGAUACGUGUCACCUUAGGAACAUUCUGCUCGCAAUUUUUGUUUCGGUGCUGAGGAAAGUUAGAGAUUUGGGAGGAGAAAGGCAGGGGGAUGUAAUGAAAGUGUAUCUGCACCCACAUAGUGCCAGUUCCACAGGCAGCCUGGGCACAUCUCCGACAGUACUCGGUGAGAAAGUGGAUUAUUACCCCAGGGGGGCAGUCAUCGAUUCUCCUGGAAAGUAAAAGCGGAUUCGUUUCACAGUGUUACGGAGAUUUAAGAUAUUAAGAGCUUUGUGCAGAAAAUUAUAAGACAAUUGUUAAACUGCUUAAGAAGCUGCGGACGUGUGGAUCCCAUUCCUGCCACCAAAAAUAGAGUUUGGGGGACAUCUCCUCUCACAAUGCUGCAGAAUGUGCAGAUUUCUGGAUUCAAUAUAUCAUUUGAAACAUAUUCAUUAAAAGUGACCUCAAGUAGAAUCAUGUUACCGUGACAAAGCAGACUUUUAAAGUAAUACGUAAAGAGCCAAACAUCCCAAUUUCAACAUCAGAUUUAGAGCUACUACACCUGAAUUGAAGAGGAGGGGGUAUAAACAUUUAAUUGUUACAAGAAGGUGCACUACUGUACAUUGCAGGUUACAAAUAACUGGACCCAGCAUUGAUGGCAAUGUACCUUUUCCGAAAAUGGUUAUGGAUUUCUGAACACUAGUGAUGCCUCUUCUCGGGCACUGGAUUAUCGCCCAAUACGGCCUGAGCGGUUAUACUACAGAGUGAAAGGAUUCCCAUACUGGUUACCUGGGACUCAGUAAUAACAGCUGCCAUGGAUACAAUGCGUAGCAGUAGAUACAGCAUUGUGUCCACAGAUGAAGAAGGCCUCCAUUUGCCAUCUCUUGGUGUUAAUGGUCAUUGGGCUGCUUCUCUCCAUCACCCACAUUCUCGACGGAAAAGGCGCAACCGCUUUGUAAAAAAGAAUGGUCAGUGCAAUGUCUACUUUGCCAACCUAAGCAACAAGUCCCAGCGUUAUAUGGCUGAUAUCUUCACCACAUGUGUAGAUACCCGUUGGCGUUAUAUGCUACUCAUCUUCUCAGCUGCCUUUCUGGCAUCCUGGCUAUUCUUUGCCUUUGUAUUUUGGUUUGUUGCUUUCAUCCAUGGAGAUUUGGUUAGUGGGGUUAUUACUGGGGGAAAGUCAGGGCCACCUAAGCCAUGUCUAAUGCACGUCAACAGUUUUGUGGAAGCAUUUCUCUUCUCAGUAGAGACACAGACUACAAUAGGUUAUGGAUUCCGUUGUGUAACUGAUGAAUGCCCAUUAGCCAUACUUGCUGUGGUAGCCCAGUCUAUCCUUGGUUGCCUCAUUGACUCUUUCAUGAUCGGAACUAUUAUGGCCAAAAUGGCCCGGCCCAAAAAAAGGGCCCAGACACUGCUGUUCAGUCACCAUGCUGUCAUUGCACAAAGAGAUGGAAAACUCUGCUUAAUGUGGAGAGUGGGUAAUCUACGUAAAAGUCAUAUUGUGGAAGCACAUGUUCGUGCUCAGCUAAUAAGACCUUAUGUUACUCAAGAGGGCGAAUACCUGCCUGUUGAUCAGAAGGACCUGAAUGUAGGAUAUGAUAGUGGACUGGAUCGCAUAUUCCUGGUAUCUCCUAUCAUCAUUGUGCAUGAAAUUGAUGAGGAAAGCCCACUUUACUCCAUGGGUAAGGAGCAGCUUGAGGUGGAGGACUUUGAGAUUGUAGUUAUCCUCGAAGGUAUGGUAGAAGCUACAGCCAUGACAACACAAGCUCGAAGCUCCUAUUUAGCAAGUGAGAUUCGCUGGGGACAUCGUUUUGAACCUGUUGUAUUUGAAGAGAAGAAUCACUACAAAGUUGACUACUCGCAUUUCCACAAGACCUACCAAGUUCCGGGCACACCUGUGUGCAGUGCCCGGGAAAUGCAUGAGAGUCGUAUUACUGCUUUACCAUCACCAAGCGCCUUCUGUUAUGAGAAUGAACUAGCCCUUCUCAGCCAAGAGGAGGAUGAGGAUGAAGAUGCAGUCGGUGGCGUUGCAGAUGAAGGAGUUAUCCAUGUCAUGGGAAGCCAUCUAGAGCUAGACCGUCUCCAGGCUUCCAUUGCAUUAGAUAACAUUUCCUAUCGUAGAGAAUCGGCUAUAUGACGGAGCUAAUUAGAUAGAAAAAUCUUCUGUGCUGGCAGUGAUUACAUAUUGGCUGUGUCUAUAAAACUAAAGCAUUUACACUUAUGUCUGAAGACACUGGCACCCAUUAAAUAACAAUCUGUUGCCGUACCAAAAGGUUUUACCGAAUAUGUUCUGAUGACUUAUUCAGAAAAUACUUUACGUUCUGGAAGACAUAUAUGUAGGACACAUACAACAAUGUUUUAUUGGUUAUAAUACGGAGGGGCAGAAUGUGGUCACAUUUUGGGGACCAGCAAAGAUUGUUUGAAAUCAGUGUAUAUAAAUAUUUUGUACAGAUAAAACAAGAAAUAAAUCUUGAAUCUGUGUUCUUCCAAUCUGUUA